CUGCUCUUUUGUUAAAAUAUUCCAAAAAAUCUGAAUUAUGGACAGCCCAGGAAACUGCUGUGUAUUUGGGAGACUACCUGACUGUGAAGAAGAAAGGCCGACAAAGAAAUGCUUUUUGGGUUCAUUAUCUCCAUCAAGAAGAAAUUCUGGGGAGAUAUGUUGGGAAAGAAUAUAAGGAACAGAAGGGUCUCUGGCACCACUUCACUGAUGUGGAGCGGCAGAUGACUGCCCAGCACUACGUGACAGAAUUUAACAAGAGGCUGUACGAACAGAACAUUCCGACACAGAUAUUCUACGUCCCCUCUACAAUAUUACUGAUUUUAGAGGGCAAGACAAUAAAGGGGUGUAUCAGUGUGGAACCUUACAUACUGGGAGAAUUUGUAAAAUUAUCAAAUAACACAAAAGUGGUGAAAACAGAAUACAAAGCCACGGAAUAUGGCUUGGCUUAUGGCCAUUUUUCUUAUGAGUUUUCUAAUCAUAGAGAUGUUGUGGUUGAUUUACAAGGUAUGUGAAACUGGAAAUU